GACCUCAGCUCCAGCCCCGGGUCCUGAUGGCAGCUGAGCCACUGACUGAGCUGGAGGCGGCCAUCGAGACAGUGGUCAACACUUUCUUUGCUUUCGCAGGGCAGGAGGGCCGGAAAGGCAGCCUCAGUAUCAACGAGUUUAAGGAACUGGUCACUCAGCAAUUGCCGCAUCUGCUCAAGGAUGUGGGCUCCUUGGAUGAGAAGAUGAAGAGCUUGGAUGUGAAUCAGGACUCAGAGCUCAAGUUCAAUGAGUAUUGGAGACUGAUUGGGGAGCUGGCCAAGGAAAUCAGGAAGGAGAAGGCCCUGGAGAUCCGGAAGAAGUAAAGCCGGCAGGGCAGGGCUGGGCAGGGCCAGGCAGAACUCCUUUCCCCGCAAUAAAUCGUCCUGCUUGAAACACAGGUGUUUCUUACUCACACCUGCCCUGAUUUCUUCUCUUGAGACCAGGGAGGAGCUGAGGGGGUCUGAAAAUUAUGAGCUCCUUAAGGACAGGUCAUGUUAUUCAUCUUCAAAUAUUCCACGGCAUCCAGCACCAAGUCUUGUACAGAGCAGGUGGUCAAUAAAGAAAUGGUUGAUGGGUGGGACCAGUAA